AUCGUUUCAGUUGAGAGCUGAUCGUGAACCGCGGAGCACAGCUACAGCCACAGCCGCACACGCUCCAAAUGUACGUCCGGAAUUGCCUUGUGGUGUGGUCCCUGGUGUCUGUGGUGCUGUUGGUGGUGGCAUCAGCAGAGAUCCCACCAAAUCUCAUCCGCGUGGAGAGCCUGACGGAUCACUGCCUCGUCAAGGCGGAGCAGACCCGCUGCACUGGCUUUAAUUUCGACAGCGACGGCGAGAGGGCCUCCUUUGACCUUCAAACGGAGGUGAGGAUCACCCCUGAUGGCAGCACAUACGAGGUGGUGGGCGAUGACCAACCCACGGGAGCACUGAUCUUCGAGAACUGCACCUUUGUGCACUUUCCCGCCAGGCUGUUGCACAGUCUGGAGGUUACCGAGCUGGACAUGCGAUCGUGUGGCAUCAGGCACAUGCGGUGGGACAGCUUCGCAAUGGGUGCCGAGAAGCUGGUGAUUCUCCUCCUGGCAGACAACCUGCUGGAAGAACUCAAGGAUAAGAACUUCAAUGGAGCGGGAAAUCUGCAGUUCCUGUUCCUCAAUCGGAAUAAGAUCGGGAAUCUGGAAACGGACACCUUCGAUGGUCUGCAGAAUCUCCAGUACUUGGAUCUAAGCGAAAACCAAAUCGAAGAGCUUCCCCCAAGGAUCUUUGACGACCUGCAGAGCCUCCAAACAGUGGUCCUGGCACACAAUCUGCUGACGAGCAUCGCAGGCGAUUUGUUUGCCUACAAUCCCCGCCUCCAUAGCGUUUCCUUGCACACAAAUCGUCUGGAGGAUCUGGAGGAGCACGCCUUCCGCGUGGGGACGCAGCACCGCCGGCUGCAUUCGCUCGAUAUAUCGCACAAUCCCCGGCUGACUGUGCUGCUCCUCAACCUGAACGUCAGCCGCUUGAUGGUGCGCAACUGCUCGCUGGACCGCGUCAAUCUCUACGGAUCGGUGACGGAGGUCGACCUCAGCGAUAACCGAGUGCGGGAGCUGUACUUCCCCGCCUCGGAGACCCUCGAGUAUUUGGUGCUGCGCAACAAUUCGCUCGUCCAGAUGGCCUCACUCACGCGUGUUCCCCGCCUGCGCCACUUGGACGUGGCUGAUAAUCCCGGACUGGCCCCCCUGCCCGAGGACUGGCAGACGCCCGAGCUGGAGGUCCUCGAUUUGCGGAGCACAGGACAGCAGGAACUGCCACUGGAGGCGCUGCAGGGGAUGCCACAGCUCCGAAAGCUGGAUAUUUCCGGGAACAAUCUCACGGAUAUCGAUCCGACGGCAUUCCCACUGCUCUCCGAACUGACGCACUUUUAUCUGCAUGCGAACAACUGGAACUGCUUCAGCCUGCGAAACAUCAUGGACAUCCUCAUCCGCUCCAAUGGCAUCACCUACACGGUGGACACUGUGGACCCGGAUUUCCCUGGGGAAUACAUCCAUGGAAUUGCGUGCAUGUACCGCCAGCCAGAGAGGGAGCCUCUGGGAGGCUAUUCCUCCACUGAGAUCGACUCGGGCUUCUCCGCCAGUGUGGAGUCUACGCAACAGAUGAGCGAGCCCGCAGAGGUUGAAAAACUUCGCAAGGAACUCAAGUCCGUGGUGCAACAUUUUGAGGCAAAGUUCGAUAGGAUAAUGGAGGCUUUGGAAAAGCUGAACGAUCGCAUGUCCUCCAUUGAGAAGCUCAAUGACACCAUCUGGAAUCAGGUCACACUUUCUGUUUAAUUACUGUUUGAUCUCCAAUCUAAGUGUUGUAUUGUUUGGGUAAUAAAUUUGCUUAUC